AUGAAGCCGAUGCAGGAUUGGAUAACUGUCAAGGCGAGCAUCUGGCGCAGGCUUCGCGCCCAGCUGCUAAUCCGCGCUCUCGCAAAAUAUACCUCCUCCUUCAUCUCCUUCCCGUCUUCCUACUUGUCUUCCUCUGCCUCCUCCUCUUCCUUUCCUCCCUCAUUCUUCUCCUUAUCAUCCUCCUUAUCCACCCCUCCUGCGCUUUCUCCUCCUCCUGCGCUUCCUCCUCGUCUUCUUUUACCUCCUCUUCCUUCGCCUUCUCUUUUUUCCCUCCUCUUCUUCACCCACCCCUUUUCCAUCUCCUCCGAACUCCCCCUGCGUCUUUUACAGACGAAGACUGGUCGAACAAUGUAA